GCGGAAGUCAGGAAAGACAGACGAAGAAGUUCGAGAUUUUAACAUUUCUUUGAUGUUUUGAAGUGAUUUGACUUUUAUUUAACAGUGAAGAUGAGUCGCGUAACAAGAAUGUUAAAAGCUCUUCAAAAUGAAGACAAGAGCGGGAAACAAAACCAGAAUGAUUUGGCAUCGUCAGAAUGUCUGGACGUGUCCUCAAUAGAGAAAGCCAGCUUCCUUCAAGGAGAGGAGUAUUCAUCUUAUGGUAACCCUCUACACAGCACUGCUCUAGAAGAAGAAAGCAGAUCUGAAUCUAAUCAUGGACACAAAGCCACAGCAAGAAAACAGACAAACAAAAGAAGAGAGAAUGAGGCCCGGGUUGUAACAGAGACUCCAAAGAGACCUGCUCGUGCUGCAAAGAAUCUGGAAGCACAACAGGAAAGCGAUGUCCAGGCAACAAAGAAAAGUCCCAAAUCUCAAGGGGAAAAGCCACCAGAGCAAAUAGUACAUGGACGAAAAUCUAAACGUCUGCAAACCGUCUCAGAGAGCAGAAAGAAUGAAGGCAAGAAAAGAGCACAGUCUAAGGAAACAAGUAGUGAAGGUUCAGCCACUGAUAUGCCACCUGACACACAUCACACCCUACACCAAAGAAGGCCAUAUUUGUCCUCAGAGGAUUUAACUGAUGAAGAUGAGAGCUUUCACCCGAGCAGUGAGAGACAUACGGCGCCUGGAAGGAGCCUUACGAGGCCACGGUCCAGUCAGGUGCAAAGAAGUCAGAAACAAAAGAGGAAAUCUUCAUCUGGAUCCUCAGACCGUGGUCAUCCAAGGAAAAAGCUAAACCCUGGAGUUAUGAGAAAUCCAACUGAUCUAGAUGUUGUUCUUGAAGCGUUUCAGGAAUUUGUCACACAGUACAGAGAGACAGUGAGCUCUGAGGGUGUUAAAAAAGCCAUAAAUGCACUUUGUCUCUCAUUUGAGGAGCAGCUCACUGAGAAGAUCACUGCAGCAAAUGAGUUGAACAAUGUAAAGCGUGAAGCUCUGAAGAUUAAUAAAUCGCUAAACCAAAAAAGGUCUAGGCUUUUGGAGGCCAAGAAUGAACUCAUCAAGAGUAAAGCUGAAGUAAAGAAGCUUGAGAAAGAGCACAGAGAGCUGGGGCAGAGGCUGACAGCUUUAAAAGAAGGCACCGCCUUUCUUAACAACCUGAGAGCACUAAACAGUAGAUACAUGCAACAUCGCAGUACACAUGAAGAUGAACCAGAAACGUAUGGACCAUCCUGCAUGCCAGCUAUGCUGAUAGAGGCCAGAAGCAUCACUGGGACAGAAAACCAGUUAAAGAACAUCAAUGAUGAGCUGCAGCAAAUCCUGGAGGAAAAUGCUCAUAAUGAGUCUCGUAUGCAGUGAAUCAUAGUGCAGUAAAUUCCAGAUUUAAAAAAAACAAUAGGAAAUGAGCAUUUUCAUAAUGUCGUGUAGCAGAGAGCAUGAUGAUAAUAGUAAUAAUAUUAUAAGCUGUGCAGUCGGAACAGUUUACCGACAGCAGCAAUCACACAGAAUUCAGCUAGCAAUGUUGAUGGACCUAUAAGAACUGGCUUUAGGAACUUAAGUGUCCCGUGUCAUGUACGGAGUGAUCCAAUACAUAACUAAUGUAUAUAGAUAUUGUAUAUAUCUAUAUACAGUAUCAUAGAUACUGUAUAUAUGUAUCUAUGAACAUAGGUUUAUAGAAACACAUUUACAUGUCAUAGAUAUAGGUCAGAAGCUCCAGUUAAUGUUCACAUAAACCUUUGGAAUGGGGUAACAGUUUAAACUUUGAUUUAACUACUGCAUGAUUGUUGGUGGCACUCAUUUGAGUAUUUUAAAAACUGUUUUUCUUCUUCUUCUUUUUCUUCGUAAGUACAUAUUAAAGAUAUACAGGUAUUCCUAUUAAAGUGGAUGGCAAGUAUUUUCUUUUUUUUUUUUUUUUUACAGGGACACAUUUAAGUAUUUGAAUAAAAAUAGCAGUUUCUACUGGAGUGCCAAACCUUCUUACACUUUGACACAAUAAAUGUGGUUAGUGGUCAAACAAACACCAGACUGAAUUAGUCCUACUGUUUUGCAUAGCAGAUGCUGAAAACAGUGGAACGUCCUCUAGUGGAAGUUACAAUGCAGUUUAUUCAGUUCUUUAAAAAAAAAAAAACAACAGAGUUAUCUUGUUUCUGUCUAAAUUUGUUCAGCUGUCCUGUAAACUCGUACAAAAAGAGGAAGCUGGUAAUUGUCUGUUAAUUUGUGUUUUUCAUGGUUAAUACGUGUAUAAAGAUUAUCAUUGUCUAUAUAGUGUUAAUGCCAUAAAGAGAAAACUUUGGCCUA